AUGGAGGUGCUGGAGGUGCUGGAGCUGGAGGUGCUGGAGGUACUGGAGCUGCUGGUGCUGGAGGUGCUAGAGCUGGAGGUGCUGGAGCUACUGGAGCUGUUGGUGCUAGAGGUGCUAGAGCUGGUAGUGCUGGAGGUACUGGAGCUGCUGGUGCUGGAGGUGCUAGAGAUGAAGGUGCUGGAGGUACUGGAGCUGCUGGUGCUGGUGGUGCUCGAGCUGGAGGUGCUGGAGGUACUGGAGCUGCUGGUGCUGGAGGUGCUAGAGCUGGUAGUGCUUGAGGUACUUGAGCUGUUGGUGCUAGAGGUACUGGAGCUACUGGUACUACAGGUGCUGGAGCUGGAGGUACUGGAGCUGGAGGUGCUUGGCAGUACGGGUACUCCGUCGCGCCGCCCGUUUUUCUACCCGCAGCUGCAGUCGUCCCUACCACCGCCUGACUCGGCACUUCGUUCUGUUUUUAGUCUUCUGUCUUCCACUGGCCUUACUCCGCCUCUCCUGUGUCCUCCGCCUGACCAGUCACAGCCACCGUUACUGCCUGGCUCCAAAAUGCCUACUCCGUCUCCUUAUCGUGUGCAGACAGGGUCCUUCGCAGAACGUCGUGAGCCUGAGUCAAGUCUUACCUCCUCUGUUUGCACUAUCAGUCGUGCUCGUCGUCCUCGUCCUCCACAUGUUCUUGGCACGCACACAAUGGCACUUCGUCCUUCCUCUGUUCCACAACGUGUUGCACUGCCGUUUCCUCCGGCAUCCUCUCUUCCUGAUGUUCCUGACCCUGAGUCUGACCAUGCUCGUGCUGCUAGUCCUACUGUCACUCGUCUCCUCGCCACUAUCGUCACUGACCCUUCCUUUUAG